AUGGACGGACGUUUGCUGGCACGUGAGCUGGUACGCGCACGAGUUGGCGAGUUUAUGGACAUGACGAACAAGCUAGAUAAGAUCGGCAUGGGUCUGGAAAAGAUACUAAGAGCUCAGAUGGAGCUGUUGUCUCGUAUUGAGGACAACGAGGAGAACAUCUACGCAGAUGGCAGUCAACAAAUUGAAUAG